AUGCACUCUCCCAAGAAACAAAACAAACCUCUCUAGCAAUGCACACCAAACUGAGCAUGUACAGAGUGUCUCCACACAAUAUGUCUUCUCAGGAGAUAAGAGGGGGACACUGGGAGAAGGGGAGGAUCAGAGAAGACAGGAUCAAGCAGCCUUUUUACACAAUGCAGAGGAUUAACCCUUUAGGUUCCAUAGUGAGUAUAACAAGCAUGCUUUACUGCCAGGGGCGGACUGACAACCAUGGGGCCCCCGGGCAAUAGGGGAUCAUGGGGCCCCUGUUAUGUCCUUGCCCAAACUCGAAAAAAGCCUAU